AUGGAGGUCGCCAGCCGCUCAGGCGGUGCCAUGACGCAACUCUUGCGACGCUCUGGUCCCAACGCUAUCCGAUCCACUGCUGCUCUCUCUUCCAACAAGAACUCAAGGAGGAACUUCUCUUCCGUCAAGUCUCUUCCUCCUACCUACGAGAAGCUUUACACCAAGUACACUGAUGUUCGUCGUGUACUGGGCAAGCAGCGUCUUACACUUGCCGAGAAGAUCCUCUACAGCCAUCUCGACAACCCCGAGGAGUCGCUGCUUAGCAACACCGAAAAUGGACAAAACAUCCGUGGCAAGGCUAACCUGCGUCUCAACCCCGACCGUGUGAACAUGCAGGAUGCUUCUGCUCAGAUGGCCAUCCUCCAGUUCAUGUCUUGCAACCUCGCCAAGCCUGCUAUCCCCGCAAGCAUUCACUGUGAUCACUUGAUUGUGGGAUCCAAGGGUGCUAAGGAUGAUUUGUCUGCUGGUAUUGAGACCAACAAGGAGGUGUUUGACUUCCUUGAGUCUGCUGCUCGCAAAUACGGAAUGGACUUCUGGCCUCCUGGCGCUGGAAUUAUUCAUCAGACUGUUCUCGAGAACUACGCUCUUCCUGGACUGAUGAUGCUUGGAACCGACUCUCACAGUCCCAACGCCGGUGGUCUUUCUACAAUCACUAUUGGUGUCGGCGGUGCUGAUGCUGUCGAGGCGCUUGUUGGUGCUCCUUGGGAACUCAAGGCCCCCAAGGUUCUCGGUGUGCACCUUGUUGGCAAGCUGAGCAACUGGGCUUCUCCUAAGGACGUUAUUCUUCGUCUCGCUGGCCACCUUACUGUUCGUGGCGGUACAGGCUCCAUCAUUGAGUACUUUGGCGAGGGCGUCGAUAGCCUCAGCGCCACCGGCAUGGCUACCAUCUGCAACAUGGGUGCCGAAGUCGGUGCUACCACUUCAAUCUUCCCCUACACCAAGGCCUCAGCGAGAUACCUUGACUCGACUCGACGAUCGCAGGCCAACAAGAACAUCGAGGCUCUCGAGAGCUUUGCCGGCAACAGCUCUGACCCCGAUGCCCGAUGGCAAUUCAAGGCCGAUGAGGGUGCCGAGUACGACGACCUCAUCACCAUUGAUCUCUCCACCCUCGAGCCUCACAUCAACGGACCUUUCACUCCUGAUCUGGCCACACCCCUCUCCAAGUUCAAGGAGGUUGUCAAGGAGCAGGAAUGGCCUGAACUCCUCUCUGCUGGUCUCAUUGGUAGCUGCACUAACAGUUCCUAUGAGGAUAUGACCCGAGUCGAGAGUCUGCUCAAGGAUGCCCAGAAGGCUGGCCUCAAGCCCGCUGCUGACUUCUACAUCACCCCUGGAAGUGAACAGAUUCGCGCUACUCUCGAGCGAGACGGCACCCUUCAAACUUUCCAGCAGGCCGGCGGUAUCGUUCUUUCCAACGCAUGUGGUCCCUGUAUUGGUCAGUGGAAGCGACAGGAUGGUGUUGAGAAGGGCACCAGCAACGCUAUCUUGACCUCUUACAAUCGAAACUUCCGUGGUCGUAACGAUGGUAACCCUGAUACCAUGAACUUCCUCGCGUCCCCCGAGAUUGUUACUGCCAUGGCUUUCGCUGGAUCUACCACCUUCAACCCUGUGACCGACAGCAUCAAGACCCCUGACGGCAAGGACUUCAAGUUCUCCCCCCCUCACGGUCUCGAGGGCCCUCAGACCCCCUUCGAGUCUGGCAACGCCGAGUUGGGCGUCCUGUCUCAAGAGCCUGACCCCAACACCAAGAUCGCCAUCUCUCCUACCUCUGAGCGUUUGGCCUUCCUCGACCCUUUCCCUGCUUUCCCCUCAUCCAAUCUCUCAGGCCUCCGCGUCCUCGUCAAGGUCACCGGCAAGUGCACCACUGACACUAUCUCUGCCGCCGGCCCCUGGCUCAAGUACAAGGGUCAUCUGCCCAACAUCAGCACCAACACUCUUAACACCGCUAUCAACAAAGAGACUGGCGAAGUCAACGCCGCUUACGACCUUGAUGGCUCCAAGCACACCAUUCCCGAGCUUGGUCAGCUCUGGAAGGAUCGUGGCCAGGAGUGGCUGGUUGUCGCCGAGCACAACUAUGGCGAGGGCUCUGCCCGUGAGCACGCUGCUCUCCAGCCUCGCUACCUCGGUGCCCGCGUUGUCUUGACCAAGUCUUUUGCCCGUAUCCACGAGACCAACCUCAAGAAGCAGGGUGUUGUCCCCCUGACUUUCGAGGACGAGGCUGACUACGACAAGAUCGCAGCUGGUGACGAGGUCACCACUGUCGGUCUUUACGAGAUGCUCCAGAACGGCGGCAAGGGCGAUGUUCAGCUGCGUGUCACCAAGUCCUCUGGCGAGGAGGUCCUCAUCCCGACCAAGCAUGCUGUCACCAAGGACCAGGCUGGUUUCAUUCUCGCCGGCAGUGCCCUCAACUUGCUGUCCAAGGGCAUCUAA